UCCGCAUUCAUCACUCAUCACCAGCCAGCCUGGUCUGUCCACCAUAACCAUCAGGUCGCCCGCAGAACAGCCAUGAUUCCGCAGCCUGUCGAUAAUUAUUGUCUCCCGAUUACGACGCCUUUGCUGCGAUGAGUGAUCCAGUUGGCCUGAAUGGAUAACCGCGGGGCUUUUCUGUUUCUCCUCCUCACCUUCUACCUACUCCUCAGUUCCUUGUUCCGUGCGCCAUUAAUCGACCAUGACGGCGAGCGACAGAAGCAGCUCCACGAAGAGGAAAACGCCCUUAAAUUAUUGAAUGAGUCUAGAUACGGGGAUUUUGAUCCGCAGGGUGAUAGGUGGCUCCCGAUCCCAGGGCUCAGGCAGAAUGACAGCUAUUCCUGGGAAUUGCUGCCCACGGCACAGGCAAGAGCCAGGCGAAAUAUACAAAUUGCCCUGGAGAGUGGGGGAAUCAAGAGCCCGCCAGAGUUAGACCGAGCUGACCAAGCGACGUCUGUGCAACUGUCGUCGCUGUCGUUGCCAGUGUAUCAGAAUGUCACUGGAAAGCUUCGAGGAGACUGGAUCCGUCAUCCUUUGUCGCAUGAAUCGCAUUUGAAUGUUACUGCACUGGUGCAGGAGAAUUUCUACGUCACUCAAGAAUUUGCUCGUAACGUGACCGGCGACUCGGGGACGAUAUAUGUUGAUUUCCAGGAGGGCAAUGGAGAGAGUAUAGGGAGUCGAGAGAGUACAGGUGAUGGAGCCAACGAAGGGGCAGAGAUACCCCAGGUGCGAGAGAUUCGCGCAGAGAUUGCUAUCGAAAGCGAUAGCUCGUUGGGAAAUACCUGGUAUAUGGCAACUUAUGGACUGCACUUCCCUGCCCAGGGCUCGAUCAUCCUCGCUACGACGAGUGAGAAAUUCGGAGGACUACUCUCUCUACCGCAUCUGGCUCUCUCGCAGGACACAUUCAACAUUUCACAUCAAAUCAUUGUAAAGUCGCUCACGGAUACUAUUGCAGAGAUGCAAAACAACGAACCCACCUUUUUCCCUUGGUCCUCACUACCGCAUGGAGCCCAGGCAAUGGCAUUUCCCACUCCGAAAUGCGAGUACAUUAUUUAUAUGCAACAACGGCCUUUACGAAUAGGCGGAGGUAUCGCGGAUCCCAUCGUUCUGAGCCAAAUCGAACAAGAACUUAGGUUUCCACUGGGAGCACCUAUUCCCAGCCCGCCGAUGAUGGAAAUGUCAGUCGUCAUGUUCUCUCCGGAUUGUGGCAUUCUCCUGGAGACCAAGGGUGCACCUGACUACCCGCCGACUGAGGCUCUAUAUCUAGUCGGCCCAAAACAGGAAGAAUAUAGUAAAUAUGCAUCAAGGACCAUCUACGCCAUGAGCUGCAUAAUGAUCGGACAGCUGUACUUACUGUUGCGACAAAUUAAAGAAGCGUCAACGCCAUCUACCAGAAGCCGCAUCAGCUUCUUCACAAUUGCUAUGAUGGCUCUGGGCGAUGCGAUGGUUAUGAGUUUGACGCUGCUGUCGUUGUUUGCUGACACAUCUUUUGUGGAAAUGUCCGCUACUUCGUUCCUCAUCUUUCUGUCUGUUGGUUACAUUGGAAUGAGGUUCAUGAUGGAGAUAUGGGCGGUACAAGCCCCUGAGCGACGAGAACAAGAUCGCCAGACAGCGCCCAGCCCGGCUACCCUUCCUCCUCCCGUGACCGCGGUAAGGGCUAUCAGUUCAGGGGCAACGCCGAUGAUUCUACCGUCCGAUCAAGAUGAAUUGGAUGAAGGGCCACCAGAUCCUGCGCCUACACCUGCAGCUGGGGCUGGACGAAACCCAACACCAUCUCGAGCAGAAGUUGGAGCGGAUGUUGGGACUAUGUACGCCCGAUUCUACUUUGUGCUGUGUACUUUGUCCAUCGUUUCUCUAUGGGCGGUUGUUUUCCCCAAUAAAGUCGGCGCUAUUUAUGCCCGGCUCAUCAGUUUCGUAUACCUGUCUUUCUGGACACCGCAAAUAUACCGCAAUAUUAUGCGCAACUGUCGGAAGGCCCUCCGAUGGGAGUACGUUAUCGGGCAGAGCAUACUGCGAUUAGUUCCCUUUGUCUAUUUCCUCACUGCACGAGGAAACGUUCUGUUCAUACGACCCGACUCAACAACUGCAAUGGUCAUGGUUGGCUGGGUCUGGCUCCAGACAUGGAUUCUCGCUAGCCAAGAUAUUCUCGGCCCACGAUUCUUCGUACCCAACGGCUGGGCACCGCCGGCAUACGACUACCACCCCAUCAUCCGCGAUACCUCUGCAUCUGGCACUGGCGAAGACAUCGAAUCCGGCACCACACUACCCAUUGGCUAUCUCCGUGCUGAAGAACGAGAUGCUGGCAGCGCCAGCAGCAACCAACAAGACAAGCCGCGGUCCAAGGACAAGAAAAAGAAAGUCUUUGACUGCGCCAUCUGCAUGCAGGAUAUUGAGGUCCCUGUCAUCAGUUCCCAGACUGUGGGCAGCAGUAGCAUGUCGGACGGCGCGAGCAGCAUUCUCGGCCGGCGGGCGUAUAUGGUAACGCCGUGCCGACAUAUUUUCCACAGCACGUGUCUUGAGAGCUGGAUGAAGCUUCGACUGCAGUGUCCGAUAUGCCGCGAGUCGGUUCCGCCGGUAUAGAUCAUACAGAUUUUAUAGAUUUUUGCAUGCAACGAGUAGUUUAUUAUAUGGUUUAACACAACUGUUAGUAAUAGAGAUAGACAGCUAUUAUUACUAAAAAUUCACCAAUCAACC